CGUUGGUAUCUCCGAUCUCCGAAAUACACGGAUUUCGGCACGGAGAUUGUAAAAUGAUUCCAUACACGGAAUAAGAAUGGCGAAUGCAUUGUAACGAUGAAGAAGCUUGGUUAUGAGUACGUUUUGCUGCCGUCAGUGUUGAUGCUACUAUGGUGGCUGAAGGGUCAUUCGGAGACAACAACGAGGAACAGAUGGUUACUACUGGUGCUAGUGAAGGAUUGACUCCAAACCCCAGACCACCUCUCGGGAAGACGGGGCCAACCAAACGUCGAUGGAGAAAACCAAUAAGCUGCGAUCCCUGCCGUCACUCCAAGCUCAAGUGUGACCGCCGGCAGCCCUGUUCCUCGUGUAAACGCCGCAGCUGUGAGGUGUCCUGUGACUAUACGGCCGCCGGCAAGCAGAGCAAGAACCACAUUCAGAAGCAGCAUGUUUCUCCCCAGAAUCGUGGCCCAGAUUAUCACACAACUGGGGGGGUUGGUCCAGCAUCUCCACAGCUUCCUAGUCCCCUGUCUUUGCCCCCAAUAACAGCCUCAAUCGGGACCUCCUCACAUUCCCAGUCGCAUGUUCAGAUCGAGCGGCUCCCCAGCAUAAGUCCGUUCUUCUCAGAGAUAAUUCCAACCAUCCCUGAUGAGCAGCAGCGCCGCCGUCAGUACACCAAUGCCCAUUGGGAUGCUCUCCUGCAGCGACCCAUUGACCAGAUGGAUCAUCCAACUCCGAAAGAAAAGGGGACGGGCGGUUGGCUAGAGAAUCCAUAUUUUCCCUUCCCUCUAGGCCCGAGCGUGUCGAAGGACGAGCUCGUGGCCAUGGUUCCAUCCGAUCACUGCUGUGAUUACCUCGUCACCCAAUAUUUUACGCGCCUGUCCGCAUUGUUUCACAUCCUCCAUGGGCCAACCUUUCAAAAACAGUACAAUGCCUUCCGCCAGGAUCGCUCGAACGUGGAUCUCUCCUGGCUAGCGUUGUUACUGUUGAUCUGCUCAGCGACUCUCAAUACUAUGGGAAUGGACGAUAUACUGCUGGCUGACCUUUGGCCGUUGAAGUUAGAUGCGCAAGAUAUCUCAAGCAUCUCCUACCAGUUCCGCGCUGCUGCCAUGGUCUGCCUGUCACACGACCAGUUCCUGAUUCGGCACAACAUGUCGACCCUCGAGGGACUUCUAAUCCUUAUCUACACGAUUAGUAACAACGAGGGCGUCGAACAGGCCUGGACCCUUCUCGGUCUGGCCCUGAACAUGGCCAUUGCACUGCAAUGUAAUGUCGAUCACGAGGCUCCCUUGCUGAAUUGCAUCGAGAUUCAGCGCCGACGUCGCUGUUGGGCUGGCAUCCUGAUGCUCCAUACCUACCAGGCCAUCUCCUUUCGAGAUGUGGACAUCUCAACCUUCCUCAGUGUGCAAGUCACCAUGCCGGCAGAUGUCAAUGAUGACGACAUUUGCGAAGAUGCUGUCUGCCUCCCCUCCAGUCAGCCUUCUCAAAUGUCCGUCAUGCGAUUCAAAAUCCAGCUUUUUCAGCUGUCGAGCAAGAUCUGUCGGCAUCUCUCGAGUCCGUUGAAAUAUGCCGGGAACACGUUGGCGUUGUUAAAUGAGGCCGUAGCCCAUGAGCAGGAGCAGUGGGACACGGUAUUUCUGUUGGACGGACGACCAAGUGUUUUAGAUACCUCGAGCUAUGCGCACUGGUGCAUUCUGCAACUGUAUGCGCAUCAGCUCUAUCUACUUUUGCAUCGACCCUUCUGCAAAUCUCGCAGCGCGCCAUUCCGAGCCACCUCACGACAGAAAUGCGUUGCCUCUGGGGCUUCCUUGCUGGAAAUCCAUCGCGAGUUCUGUGACCUUCCACGCCUACGCCACUACCACUGGCUGGUAUAUGGGAUGACGAGCUUUUAUGCCAUUCACGGUGCGCUGGCCCUUGCCUCCUGCCUGCUCGAUGACCCGAAUACCUUCGACAUGGCCUACCGCACCGCCUUCAACGCGGCAGUGGCACGCUUCGAUCAACUGCAGGCCCACAGUAAGAUCUGUGCAAAGGCUGGCCCGAUCCUGCAUCAUCUACAAACACUGCUGUCCACCGACCCAUACCAAUGCCCCAACCCCCUGGACUACGACUUUGGAACGACCUUUGACGACUGGAUUGAUGGGGUGCAGUGGUUGAAUCCAGAGUCAAUUGACUGGGACUUUUGGAAUGAUAUAUUAAACGCGGAAAACGACGGGUAAUCCGGUGUAUCUUGGCCAUCAGUCCCCAUCUCACUUACCAUAAUUCUUGUAGCAAGCGCAUUGCUAGUCUGGGAGCUUCUCUGCUGGCACGCACAUGCCAGUGUCUGCGUCAUUUGGGUAAAAACGUUUAGAUUGUGCUCCGUUCCAGUGACUUGUUCCGCUGAGUUUCUAUUAAAUUUCCAGUUCUUCUUUCAUUCUACACUCUGCAGGGUUUAAACACGUACUAUAUGCAUUCCAUGAUUUAGACAUUACUCUCCGC